UACAGCAGUGCGAGUUGGUCCAAAACAUGAUAGACCUGAGUAUCUCCAACCUGGAAGGGCUUAGGACCAAAUGUGCUACCUCCAACGACCUCACACAAAAAGAAAUCCGGACCCUGGAGAGCAAGCUGGUGAAGUACUUCAGCCGGCAGCUGUCCUGCAAAAAGAAGGUGGCCCUGCAGGAACGCAAUGCUGAGCUGGACGGCUUCCCCCAGCUCCGGCACUGGUUCCGAAUUGUCGACGUGCGCAAGGAAGUCCUGGAGGAAAUCACCCCGGGCCAGCUGAGCCUGGAGGACCUCUUGGAGAUGACGGAUGAGCAGGUGUGUGAAACCGUGGAGAAAUACGGAGCCAACCAGGAGGAAUGUGCUCGCCUCAAUGCCUCCCUCUCCUGCCUCCGGAACGUGCACAUGUCAGGCGGCAACCUUUCCAAACAAGACUGGACCAUCCAGUGGCCCACCACGGAGACGGGGAAGGAGAACAGCCCAGUGUGUGCCCCGGAGCCGACGCCAUGGAUCCGCACCCACCUCUCCCAGAGCCCCAGGGUGCAGUCCAAGUGCGCCCAGCUCUACUGUCAUGCCAGCCCCACUCCUGGGGCCCCCGUGUAUACCCAAGUGGACAGGCUCACCGUGGACACCUACCCGGGCCUGUGCCCGCCACCGCCCCUGGAAUCAGGCCACCGUUCCCUGCCCCCGUCGCCCCGGCAGCGGCAUGCAGUCCGCACCCCGCCACGCACCCCCAAUAUCGUCACCACCGUGACCCCGCCAGGCACACCACCCAUGAGGAGGAAGAACAAGCUGAAGCCCCCAGGGACCCCACCGCCCUCCUCCCGGAAGCUGAUCCACUUGCUCCCGGGGUUCACGGCCCUGCAUCGGAGCAAGUCCCACGAAUUCCAGCUGGGCCACCGCGUGGACGAGGCCCACACGCCCAAAGCCAAGAAGAAAAGCAAGCCCUUGAACCUCAAGAUCCACAGCAGCGUGGGCAGCUGUGAGAACAUCCCAGCUCAGCAGCGCUCCCCGCUCCUGUGCGAGCGCUCCCUCCGCUCCUUCUUCGUGGGACAAGGGCCCUUCCUGCCCUCCACCCCUCCGGUCCACAGCGAGGCCAACUUCUCCUCAAACACACUGUCAGUACCGCGCUGGUCCUCGCAGAUCUCUCGCAGAGACCUUAGCAACUCCAUCAAGCACAGGUUUUCCACUAAGUACUGGAUGUCUCAGACGUGCACAGUUUGUGGGAAAGGAAUGCUUUUUGGCCUCAAGUGUAAAAAUUGCAAGUUAAAGUGCCACAACAAAUGCACCAAAGAAGCCCCGCCCUGCCAUCUCCUCAUCAUCCACCGAGGGGAUCCAGCAAGGCUAGUCCGGACAGAGUCGGUCCCGUGUGACAUCAACAACCCUCUGCGAAAGCCACCCCGGUAUUCGGACCUGCACAUCAGUCAGACGCUCCCCAAAACCAACAAAAUCAACAAGUUUGUUCACAUCAGCCCUGAGCUUUGCUACACGGAAGAGAAUUACAUGGUUCCUAUCCUCAAGGAUGUAGAGAUAAUUCCUUUCUCCAUAAAGACAGUUCCUCCUCCUCUCCCUCCCUCCACCUCUCCGCCGUCUCCCCUCCACCCUUCCCCGCAGUGCACCAGGCAGCAGAAGACCUUCAACCUGCCAGCGUCCCACUACUACCAAUACAAGCAGCAGUUCAUCUUCCCAGAUGUGGUGCCAGUUCUGGAGACACCGACCCGGGCGCCCCAGGUCGUCCUGCAUCCAGUGACCUCGAACCCCAUCUUGGAAGGAAAUCCAUUACUUCAAAUUGAAGUGGAGCCGACCUCAGAGAACGAAGAGGGCCACGACGAGGCUGAGGAGUCGGAGGACGACUUCGAGGAGAUGAACCUGUCCCUCCUCUCUGCCCGGAGCUUCCCGCGCAAGGCCAGCCAGACCAGCAUCUUCCUGCAGGAGUGGGACAUCCCCUUCGAGCAGCUGGAGAUCGGCGAGCUCAUCGGGAAGGGCCGCUUCGGGCAGGUGUACCACGGCCGCUGGCACGGCGAGGUGGCCAUCCGGCUCAUCGACAUCGAGAGGGACAACGAGGAGCAGCUGAAGGCCUUCAAGCGGGAGGUGAUGGCCUACAGGCAGACGCGGCACGAGAACGUGGUGCUGUUCAUGGGUGCCUGCAUGAGCCCGCCCCACCUGGCCAUCAUCACCAGCCUCUGUAAAGGACGGACCCUCUAUUCGGUGGUGCGGGACGCCAAGAUCGUCUUGGAUGUCAAUAAAACCAGGCAGAUUGCCCAAGAAAUUGUGAAGGGCAUGGGCUACCUCCACGCCAAGGGAAUCCUGCACAAGGACCUCAAGUCCAAGAACGUCUUCUACGACAAUGGCAAAGUGGUGAUCACAGACUUUGGGCUCUUCAGCAUUUCUGGGGUGCUGCAGGCUGGCAGGCGGGAGGACAAGCUGCGCAUCCAGAACGGCUGGCUGUGCCACCUGGCGCCCGAGAUCAUCCGCCAGCUGUCCCCCGACACGGAGGAGGACAAGCUGCCCUUCUCCAAGCACUCGGACGUCUUCGCCCUCGGAACAAUCUGGUAUGAACUUCACGCCAGGGAGUGGCCUUUCAAGACCCAGCCAGCAGAGGCAAUCAUCUGGCAAAUGGGCACAGGCAUGAAACCCAACCUCAGCCAGAUCGGCGUGGGAAAAGAGAUCUCGGACAUCCUUCUCUUCUGCUGGGCCUUUGAACAGGAGGAGAGACCCACCUUCACCAAGCUCAUGGACAUGCUGGAGAAACUGCCAAAACGAAACCGCCGCCUGUCUCACCCCGGGCAUUUCUGGAAGUCAGCAGAGUAG